AUGAUUGUUCCCAUCCGUUGCUUCUCUUGCGGCAAGGUCACUGGUGAUCUUUGGGAGCGCUACAUGGUCAUGUUGACCCAGGAGAACAAGCUCGAGGUUGAGGCUCUCGACGACCUCGGUCUUACGCGCUACUGCUGCCGCCGCAUGAUCCUCACCCACGUCGAUUUGAUCGAGAAGCUUCUCAAGUACGUCCCUAGCGCCGACAAAGCCGCCACAGCCCAGCAAAAGCGCGAAGCUGCACGGCAACAAGAGGCCAUUGCGUCCCGGCCAGGGGCUAACGGUCGUCUCUAGGUACAACGCAAGCGAACGAGAACAGGCACGCGCCGCACGCCAGGGACGGUAA